AAGGACUGGCAGCCUGCUGCAAAAUGAAGCCCUUGCUCAUCCUCCUUGGUGUUCUGCAGCUCCUUGCUGCUGCCGCCGCCGUCUACAAGCAGUGGAUCCCCAACACCAAUUUCGAAACCCCUUCCAACUGGGAUAAAGGCAGAGUCCCCUGUGCCAGAGAUGUGGUUCAUUUUGACCAGAACAAGGUGCUCUCGGUGUUUGUCGGGUCUCCCCACGUGCUGUCAGACAUGUACCUGCCCCUGAAUGGAGAACUGGUGCUGGCAUCUGGCGCGGGAUUCGCAGCCUUCGAUGGCAGCUGGGACCCAGGCUGUGACUCAGGGGCGCCGCUGAGCUUCGGGCGGGUGGAGCAGCCAGCGUGGUUUGACCCCGCGCUGUGGCAGCCCGUGUCCCCAGCUGAGCUCCAGCCCAGCGGCCGCCUCUUCUCCGUGGAUGAGGAGCGUGUCCCCUGCCGCCACGACAGCGUCAUCUUCCAGCCCCAAACCUCCUUCUGGGUCAGCACCGACUCAUCGCGCCCGCUCAUCCCUGUGCGCAGCGUCUCGGUCAUGGGCCAGGAGCUGAGCAGCCCCGAGGCCUGGGCCGAGUACCUGCGGGGUCCCUCGGCCGCGCUGCAGUUCCACGGCAACGCCACGCUGCAGGUGACGGGCAGCGGCUGCCCCGACAAGUCCGGCUGUGCCUGCGGGAACGGCCUGGACAGCCACCGCAUCUGCGCAGCCCUGCUCGGGGCGCCGGGGAGCCAGUGCCCAGCGCCAGCGUGCCGGAGCCCUUUGCGGCCCCUUGGCCACUGCUGUGGGAUCUGUGGAGCCAUCGUUAAACUGGAUUUCACUCCUGAUUUUGACCUGCAGAAGUACCGGGACAGGCUGGUCCAAGCCCUGCUGAGCCAGCCCAAGUACUCUGGAGUGCAGAUGGCCAUCUCCAAGGUGCUCCAGGAGCAGACCUUGCUGGGAGUCGUGCCCCGAGGCUCUGCUCCUCUCAUCCAGGUGGUGCUGAUGGACGAUGGGGCAGGAGCACAGGCCGGCAGGGCUGCAGAGCAGCUGGCAAAAGACAUCAUGGAGGACAUUGCACAGGCAGGUGAAGCACUUGGCAUUUCAAGCGGCAGCAUGGAGGCAGCCACUGGCAGCACUUCCAGUGGGCAGGUGGGAAGCCACACAGCGAGCAGGGUGGCAGCAGGGACGGUCUGUGGGAUCCUGCUCGGUCUCCUGUUCCUUGGAGGGGUCCUGUUUUGCUACAGAAAGAGAAACCUAAGGUUGUCCCUGCUGUACCUGCCCCAGCCCUGGCACAGAAUGAAGGAGCCAGUGUUCCCAGAGCCAGAUGGGGAAAAAGGCUUCGACAACCCCGUGUUCCACGUGGAGCUGCCAAGCACCAGAGAGGAGAUACAGCAGGAGAUGGCUCCCAAAGACCACCAAGUCUUCUACCUGAACCCUCUGUAUGAUGCCAGUGAGACAGAGACCUGA